AUGCAGCAGGUGCAGCCUUUGCCCAAAACACCUAUUAGUGAUGCGUUUUAUGAAGAUCAGGCAAGCUACGGAGAUGAUUUUUAUGAAGAAGGUCCAUUUGAAGAAAGACAUCAUGGAAUAAAACACUAUUUUAAAAACUUUCUCCUUCCAAGGCACGAGAAAUCUUAUCUUCACAGUAUUCAUCUAGAAUGCCAAAGAGAGAGUUCAUGUGAGCUUGAGUAUCUACAAAAUCCAUUCCAAUACAUGGACUACGAACCUUUGGGAAAUUACAUGUUGUGCAUAUCCAAAAGAUACGGAUUCAUGGGUAGUCAUGGACAUUUAAAUUUUGAAAACUUAAAAUACAAGCUUGGAAUGAUCUGUGGUAGUGAAGAUCCUGAGAUUUACAUCAAUAUCUACAUGUGCGGUUCCCUCCUACAAUCCUGUUCGUACAGCUAUAAACCUUUGGAACUGUUUGGAUCAUCACGGUUUCCACUUCCUUAA